AUGCCUCUUAAAAGGCCUAUUGAAGCCAACUCGCAAGUCACUCCUGAUCCGAAGAAAACUAAACUCGACUCUUCAACCGGUCAUUCUCAAGAUGAGCAGGUUCCUCAAUCAGUCCAGGAACCUGCCCCUACCGGCCUAUGGAUGAUGGCUCAGUCUCCUCUUUUUGGUCUCACUUCGGCUUCGAUUGAGGCAAACAAACUUGUGACACAAGAUGUACCCCAAGUUUACCGGGCUGCGAUCAACUUGCUCUUUCGGCGCAAACAAGGCAUCAAUUUGCCGGCCAAGCCCCCUGUCCAGGAAGCAGAGGCUUUUGGGGUGAAAAACAAGUUGUCAGUUACCAAGUGGCUUGCCAAAAACCCCAACUCACUCCUUGUGCGUAGUGCUGGCGAAGCGCCGUGGCAUCGCCCCGACAUUUUCAACUUCACCUUACCCGACUACGAGCUGGCAACUACCAUGGAUGCCACAGCUCAAACCUCCUACAUGCACGAGAUUCUGGGUUUGUUCUACAGUCCAGGUGCAAAGCGGAUAAACCAGGCGGUGCGGAUGAUAGUUGCAGCUGUUACAUUUGCCCGAAUGGACACCAACGAGCUUCCGGUGGACUACACUCUUCCUGAAGUUCAAUUUCCAAACCAAAACAUCGGGCAGUGUCUUCAAGCUGCUCAUCACUUCAAAAGCCUUCACGAGACUAAGCAGCAAACUCAAACUGUUGCAGAGUGUAUGGAAGUGAUGUCUGGGAUGGUCAAUCGUCUUUACACAGUCUUUGAGGCCGUUGCCAGUCUACGAGCGAAAUUUCACCAUGCUUUGCAUCUCAGUCGAACACCAGCUGAUAGACACGACCAGCUCCUCUCAGAAUACGAGGCAAUGACCGAAACACUGGGUACAGGCUCCAUCCCGUCUCAUGUUCUUGGACCUCUGGUUGCUUUUCUAGUGUCUGGUGUAAAAGGUCUCAUGAUUUUCCCGCACGAUAGAGGGCGAUAUGGUCCUGUGAAACUCUCUCAUUUCCUGGUCCUAGUUAAGGAGAUGCAUGGGCAAGCACCGAUUGAGGAACCCAUCUGGAAAUACACCCAAAAGUACAUCCUGGAAACAAUGGAAAAAAUCUUUUUCCCCACAGGUUUUGACCCCUCCAACCUCAAUGAUGUUGAAUGGGAUGAGCAUGAAUUGUCCAAGUUCCAGCUCGCCAAAGCGCUGGAAGUAGACCUUUAUAACUUUUGUGUGAAUAGGCAAAAAUUCUCUGGCGGUGAGAUUUAUAAAGACGGUCUGUUUGACCUACCGGACAUUGAAGUUGGCAAAGAUCUUAAUAAAAAGAAAAAAUAA